AUGAGUGAUUUGGAGACGGGGAUACGAUGGGUUUUGGACAGGGCACGGGGUCUGGAUGAGAACGUACAAAAAUUGCUGCUUGGCGAUGACAUUAAAGGUAAGACUGAGCACUAAUACUUGGCUUAAUAGUACUCAGCAUUAGACAGUAAAUCUUUUAGUUCAACUUCAUCAACUGCUCACUGACAAAUUACAGUUGCCUACAGUAAUCCUAUGUAUCGCUCGGUAUUUAUACGAGAAAGAUGAAAAGAAAUCUGCGCUUAUCGUUCUGGACCUUUUCGAUCGUGAUAAUUACGCCCAAUCAAGGUUGUACCGCAAACUCAGAGAGAGAUUACUCUUGGAGUUGGAGGAAUAUCAAGAAUACUUGAAUUAUGGCACUGGUCAGUCUAUUUUUUAUUACUUUUCACAUUUUUAAUUUUGAUUUUUCUUUAUUUUGUCGCCUUUUUUAGACUCCUGGAAUUGCAGCUUGAUCUGCGCUUUUAAUGGCAGCGAUUUAGCCUUGAAAUAUUUAUGGGACUGGAAAAAGGUAGUCAACUUUAGCCGGCCUUCUCAUCGUCACUCCAUUACUACUUUGGAUGACUCUAUUUCCAUUUCAGAUCUCGCCAAACGACCCAAAACUUGGUCUUUUAUUCUUGUUUUUGAAUAGAUUUAAUGACGCCAAAUUUGAAUUGGAAAUGAAAAAUCAAGUGACGGAAGAAGGCCUGGGGGAUAUUUGCUUGUGCUAUAUGCAUAUGGUGAGUAAAUAUUGUGGCAGGUGUAUAGAUAUGCGUAUCAUAAGACGAGAUAUGACUUUAGCAAUGGCCCCAUCUUGCCUUACCCUACCUAACAAAGCUGCAUUUACUCAGCAAUGAUAUCGAGACAAAGUUUACAAGCUUCCUCGAGCGAUGCCGUUGUCUGAUCUUUAUGAAUAAGACUUCUGAAGCCUUAAAGUUAUUGACGGAGGGGAAGAAUGCAUUAACAAUAUGUGACCAAGAUGUAAGUGUCUGAUAUUAUACAUAUAGUUCGGUUCAAUUUUUAUUUUUCAGCGGCUGUGGAUCAACUUAACAUUCACCCUUUGCCACCUCACAAGUCAUCAAUUGGCAAACUUUUACAACGAAAUCUCCAGAUUCAUCAAAUCCCUAGACUCCAUAGAUAAUAUCCCUUUGGACAUGGAAAUCCAUCUUUUGGAAAUGCUAUCAUUUUAUUUCUUGACCACCAAUCAAUUGAAAAAGACUCUUCAGACAUCUCAAAGCCUUCUAAAACUUCUGCUUUCGAAUAACGAUGACAAUAUUUAUAGUCAUCAUCUAGCUACUGUCUAUGGGAUAAUCGGAAAAGUCUUUAUCGCAAGCGAUGAUUUUGUUUUGGCCGAAAUGACAUUACUCAAGGGCUUGGAGAAGGCGGGGGAAAUCGGAGUUCCCACUCUGAUGGUUGAUUUACUCAGCAUUCUGGUUGGGAUGUAUAGAUCUAUGAAGAAUAAUGUAAGUUAAAGGGGGAAUGUGAGCCUUAGAUUUGAAAAAAAAAUAUGAUCUAACUCCAGGAUCUCCGCCAUCACUAUCUAAAAGAGGAACUGGGCAUUCUCUCCCAGUCCGAUGGCUCUGAAUCCAUUUAUUUCGAGUGGAAGGUCCGUCUGGAUUACGGUAUUUACCUCAAAGACGAAGCUCAGUUGGAAGAUGCUGAACUUGAAUUGGAAAAAGCUUUGGCCAUUGUCCAGGAACUCCAUUUAUCGAUUGAAGAAGCCCUGAUCCAUGAGAUUUUGGCCGAGGUUUCUGCCGAAUCAGGUGAUGAACAGAAGAAAUAUUGUAGAUUAGAACAAGCGAAGGAAAUCUGGGUACAAUUACCGUAUCCCAAGAAGACGGAAAGGGUUUCAAUCAAAGUGUUGGAGACUAUGGAAGAGCUGAAAAUUGUGCCCGAGGCAAUAAAAUUGGCCAAGGAAUUGCUAGAAAGAUCAGAGAGCAAGACAAGGGUUACUGUAACAAUAAUUUUGGCCAGAAUUUUGAUUAAAGAAAAGAAAUUUGAAGAGAUUUAUUAUUUAUUAGAUCAGGCCAAAAAAGAGGCCAAAUCUCAAGGAAUGGCCAAGGAAUUGGGCCAUAUUUACGGACUUUUUGGAGAGUUUUACUUUGCGAUUAAUAAUCGAAAAAUGGUCAGUAGAAUUUACAGUAAAAUUGAUUACUUCCAAUUUAGGCCGUAAAAAAUUUCUGUCGACAAGUUCAGUUCUUUGACUUUAUGAACGAUCCACAAGGGCAGACGGACACGUUGAAGUACAUAAUCAUGCACAAAAUGAUCAAAAACGACAUCUCUGGAGCUAUAAAAGUCAUCAAAAUGAGAGUGACGGCAGCCGAAAAAGGAUCCAUAACUUUGAAUGUAAGGCCAAAAGAAAAUGAAAUAUUUUUAGUUAACUGUUCUUGACCAAUCAAUUACAACAUUGCUCCAACUGAAUGCCGAUGAUGACGUCAUCGAUUGUCUCAACAAAAAAUCUGAUCUUAUUCUCAACAACAGCCUCCCCGAUUCUUCGGAUCAAAUAAUUGUGUUGAUCGCUCGACUCAAAUCUCUGAAUCUCAUGUACAAAGCCCAGACAAUCCUCUCAACUUAUCUCAAUCAGAAUCUCGAGCAGUGCGACGAAAGACAUUUCCUUGAAUUAUCCACUUUAUUGUCAGAUUAUGACCAACAAUUGAGUGUCGAUCUGCUGGAAAGUAUCAUCUACUCUGAACAUUUCCAUAUUCAGCUUGUAAAUCGAUUAAUUUAUCUAUAUUUGGAUAUGGGAACGAGUGAGAAGGCCGUGGAAUUGUUCAGAGAUUUGACCAAAAAAGAGAUCCAUCUGGAUUUCUUUGAUGUCCUCACAAUGAGUCUAGUGGAAGGGAGUAUUGGCAGAGAAAAAUGUGUGGAAAUGGCAUUGCAAUUGAGUGGUACGACUUUUUUGAUUUCAAGGAUACUGUAUUUUAAUCGAAACCUAAUUAUUUUUGACCUUGUUUUAGAGGAUAAUCAAACAGAAUUCUUCGAUAAUUUCAACCUGUACAACGAAAUUCCCCAAGAUAAAGUCAAACUUCUUUCACCGAAAUCUCAAAUUCACUGGCUUUUUUGUCAUAACCGAUAUGAAGAUUCGCAAAUUGAAGUCUUAACCGACAAUUUAAUCAAGGAAAAAGUGAUGAGAUUAGCAUUGCUAGAAGAAGACCCGAGUCAACUCUUGUGCACUACUACUUAUAACAAUUGGGAUUUCGAUUUCGUCACAAUAAUUCUGAUGAUCUUCUUUGGCGAAGACAUCUUCGACUCGAUUUACUCCUGUGAAUUCCGAAAAUGGCUAAAAAUUCAAGUUGAGUGGACAAAGAUUGGGAAAAAGUUUGAAUGCGCAAAUUUGGACAAGGAGAAACUCAAAAAUAGCCUUCGAAAAUACGACAACUUUGCGUAUAUUCAUCGAUUUGGUGAUUAUAAAAUUGUCUGGAUCAAGGAAAAGGACACAAAAAACAUCUUUAUCACCAGCACGUCUUCAAGAAAUACCUUUUGGAAUACGAUGAUUAAUCGACUGGUCGAUAAACAAAAGCUCCUCAGAAUCUCCACAGAUCACUUUCAAAGAAUUCUAAAUGAGUCUGCACAUUUAUUCGGCGAUUGUUUGGACCAAAAGACUUCUGCUUCCACCAAUUAUUUCAUAAUCAAUCCCCCCAAUAAACCGCCAAUUACCCAUGACUCUUCAGUCAUUAUGAUUGGAAAAUCUUUUGAAGAAUAUCAGAAGAUCCCUGGAUUCAUCCUCCUUUCCACACAAGAAGAUGUUUUUCAAACAUUAGAUCAGGUCAAAUCUAUAAACAAAUCGGCCGUCUUGUUGGUGGAUCCAAUCGAAUUAAACCCAAUAUUCCUAUUGGAGACAGAAGCCAGGCCAAAAGUAUUGGUGUUGGUGGGAAGCACCUGGUCUCAUCUACCUCUCUGGCCGGUCAUUUUGACUUCAACGGACUUCUUGAUGAUCUACAAAACUUUUGAAGAUUUCCAGAAAGAAAUGAUUCCGUGUUUGAUUGAACAGGUAAAUCAUCAUGAUGAAAAGCAGUUGGAUUUGGUUGGGAAAAUACAAGAAGUAUCCAAAAAUGGUAUACUCCACGCCAAUUCAGACGGUGAAAUCGAUGUGAGGUGUAAAUCAGUAAAGCUGAGAAAUUCGUUGAGAAAAGUGAGUCAUCAUUGUCUCUGAAGUUGCGUAAGAGCUUUCAAAAAUUAUAAUAAAUAUAAUACUUUGAAAUUUCAGGCUUUGACCGAAAACAACACAUCAAAUUGGCUAACCAAGCACCCGGAAAUUAUGGCAAUUCCCGAUGAACAAGGUAGAAAAAUUGCUUUACCAUCUUACUUGCAAUUUACUUUAACAUUUUUAGUCCUCCGAUUUCUCGAUUAUCCAAUGGCCAAUAUUUGUGAAGUAAUAAUCAAUUCGACCGAACCACACAGGACGAAUCUUCAGCAUUUGUAUUACGGUAAAUAGAGGACUAAAAACUGAUUACGAUUUUCAGAUUACUGUAUCACACAUCAAAUGUUGGAAAAGGAAAUCUUUCCCGUCCAUCAGAAAGUGAGAUAUCGCAGUAGAAGGAAAAAGAUGCGGCCCCGGUCAGGGAUGUCAUCUCGAUGUUCUUCCCGCAGUUCCAUGAAUAGUGACGUCUGUCUGCUUUCCGAAGCCGAGACCUCCGAUUCCGAAUCCACCUCCCGGGUCAGAGUGAUCGCAAUAGGAAUGGAGUAA